GCAUCUACGAAAUUGGCGGGGGCUACGGCACCAACGCCCUCUGUAUCCUUGACUACCUGGAAGCGCAGGCCCCCGAGGUCUAUCGCCGAACCCGUUACACGGUGGUGGAAAUCUCCCGUUCCAUGGCCGAAAAACAGCGAGAGCGCCU